CCUUACAGAAUGAGGAGAAGCCUGUGCAAAUGAUGUUUAAGAAGUCUACUUUUAAAAUGACCUAUAUACGGGAAAUAUGCACCAAAAUUCUGGUCCUUCCCUAUGUCAGCAAGGAGCUGAAUAUGAUCAUCAUGCUGCCCGAUGAGCACAUUGACUUGAAAACGGUGGAGAAGGAACUUACUUAUGAGAAAUACAUAGAGUGGACCAGCCCAGAAAAGAUGUACAAAGAGGAGGUGGAGGUUUUCCUCCCUCGGUUUAAACUACAGGAAAAUUAUGAUUUGGAGGAAGUCCUUCACAGCCUGGGCAUGACUGAUGCCUUCGAUAAGGCCAGGGCAGACUUUUCUGGAAUGUCAUUGAAGAGAGGCCUAUAUCUGUCCAAGGUCGUGCACAAGUCCUUUGUGGAGGUCAAUGAGGAGGGCACUGAAGCUGCAGCUGCCACAGCUGUUGAAUGCAGGCUGCUGUGCAAAAGAUUAACUCAGCGUUUCUGCGCAGACCACCCCUUCCUCUUCUUCAUCCAGCACAGCAGGACCAGAGGGAUUCUGUUCUGCGGCCGAGUUUCUUCUCCAUGAGGAAACAGUCAUCCCUGAGCGCAGUCCUCUGCUUUCACCCUCUGACCCACUUUUCUUCCCACACUCCACCAUGUGCCUGUGACCCAAGUGACCUUAUCAGUGCAGUGUAACAAUUCAGAAAUAAAGGGCCAUUUUGGAGACCCAUGUCAA